CAUCCGGCCUCGGCGAUGCAAACUCAUCUCGAACUUUGAACGCCUUACGAAAUCACUAUAAAGGCGGGGCGCCGCGGGGACGAUGGGGAGGACAUCUGUCACUUACUUGAACGACCACGGUCUACACGUACUUGCUUGAUAUUCGAUAUGAGCUCCUUCAGGGCUGGCAACUUGUUCGAUGUCUCUGGAAAGGUCGUGCUAGUCACGGGUGGUAGCCGGGGAAUUGGCAAGAUGAUCGCCACCGGCUUCGUGAGCAAUGGAGCAAAGGUGUACAUUUCUUCUAGGUCUGCGAAGGACUGUGAGGCAACGGCCAAAGAACUCAAUGAACUAGGGCCCGGCAAAUGUAUACCCAUUCCGGCGGACAUGCAGAAGCUAUCCGAAGUCGAUAGACUGGUGAAGGAACUCUCCACUCACGAGAAAGUCCUUCAUAUCCUCGUGAACAAUGCUGGCGCUGCUUGGGGCGACACUCUUGACGAUUAUCCAGAUGCUGCUUUCACUAAACUGCUCACAUUGAACCUCCAACGAGUGUUUAACCUUACGCAGAAUUGUCUUCCCCUUUUACGAGCCGCUGCAGUCGAAGGUGGUCAAGAUGGACCAGUAUACAGGGAUCCAGCUCGCAUUAUCAAUAUUGGUUCCAUCGAAGGUCUGAGUGUGCCUGACCAUGAAACUUAUGCCUACGCAGCUUCCAAAGCUGGGCUUCAUCACUUGAGCCGCGUGUUUGCCGGACGUCUAGGCACAGAAGGCAUCACAAGCAAUACCAUCGCAUGCGGUCCAUUUGAGAGCAAAAGUACAUUUCCCUUAUCAGCUUUUCUGCGAUUAUAUUGCUCAUCGGUUUCAGUGAUGGCACAUACCCUCAGAACGACCGGAGAGAUCAUCAAAGCAGGGAUACCCUUACGCAGAAUUGGUGCGCCCGAAGAUAUUGCUGGUGCAGCAAUCUUCCUUAGCAGCCGUGCUGGUUCUUAUGUAAACGGCGCGACUAUUGCUUUGGAUGGCGGGGCCAUUGUUGCGCUUCCGAGUUUCCAGCCAAAGCUGUAAACAAAUGUUGAUGUUACCCCGGAAUUCAAUUGGUAUAAGACUUGCCUCUUCGCCGAGAUUACUUAUCUGGGUGCUUGGGGUGUAUUAUGUUUUUUCCUGCCACCGAACCUGAACGCCACCGGGCCGACCUCAAAAAAAUCAUCUUCCAGUGGGCAGUAGACCGGCAUAUUAUCCAGCAGAGGUUAGGUUUGCGACGGCCAUGCACAAGCCGCGUUGCCGCAGUCUCAGCGAUGCGCAUACAUCUGGUUUAUCUGUCUCUACUGACCGUCAUCAGAAUGUCCUCUCUGCGUGGUGUGGAUAGAGGUCGUAGUCCCAGAGGCGGCCGUGGAGGUGGUCGUGGCGGAGGAGGCAUUGGUCGAGGGAACAAUUGUGGUGGGAAUCGUGGUGGGAAUCGUGGUGGGAGCCGUGUUGGACUUGGUCACGUCGACCCUCGCGAGAGUAAUGAUCACAGUGCAUCCAAUGCCCCAAGCCAUUCUACUCUGUCGAAGAGGAAGAAUAAGCGUCUUUUGGCUACGGAGGACCUACUCCCUGGCGAUAUACACAUAUUUACACGACCUACCGAAUACAUCGGCGGGGUCAUCGUCUUGGAGAAUUUG